AUGAGCCGCUCAAUAGAGCAAAACCUGCUCUCGCUCAUGCCCACCCAUGGGUCCCAGCUUCCCCCGCGCCUGGUGGACACCGCCAGGACGCUCUUGACCCACUUGCGAAAGGUUGAAGAUUACGCUGGAUCUACCACCUAUCGAGCCAAGGCCGCCUAUCCCCCUCGCGUGUACAAGCGAUUAUAUACACACCUCGAUAACAUUCUCCCUGGAAAGCAACCGGGGUUUGUCAAGUCAAUACAGCCUGAUAUUGGGCUCCAUCCAUGGGUCCGGGGCGUGCUUGCGGUCCUCGUGGCAGAGUUUCGGAAGGAGGAGUAUGGCAAGUUUGUGCUAGCGGGUAUCGAAUAUGUCAUCGCGCCGGGGAGUCGGAGGACUCGAGACAAGUGGAUCUUGAGCCACCUCCCUGCCACAGUCGCCGGAAUCUUCGUUGUCUCGAUGAACAGGCUCGAAACCAUCCUGGGUAGUGAGGAGUCUGAAGUGGACUCGCUAUUUGUCCUUUUGGAGAAGACGCUAGACAUCAUGGAUCAUGCUCGCGAAAAUCUCGAUGUCAAGGGGCUAGGUUCCAACGAGUUUUGGGCUGGGUGGACAACCCCUACAGUGGGAGACGUAGAGGCGGCGAUAAAACGCGCGACCUCGGGAUGGGUGGAUGCCGACUGGUACGCAGCCCUGGAGGACACUUCUCUCCUCGAGGACUUCGUUGACUCGGACCUUGGGGUAGCAGCGGCAUUCAGGAUAAUCGGCUACAAAUACCAUGGAUACGGCGUAUGA